AGUCAUGCGAAAGAUGUCACAAAAUACAAUUUCAAAAAUACAAAUCAGAACAAUUAAUAGGAAUUCACACCACAUCAAAAACAUCAGUUUCAUUCAUCAUGGGUAAUAAGUUUGGUCCACCAGUCGUCAUGGGUGAUGAGUCAAUCAUGUCGAAGAAGGCGCAUGGUACUUCUGCUGUGUAAGUAAUCACGAUUCGCAAUAAGAAAUAAAAAAUAUCUUGUCCCGUCGAUCCGAGGCAGGUGCACCUGUUGUGGCAUCCUUUUCUAACGAUCUUUUGCUUAAAAAUUUCUUUCGAUUUCUGUUGAUGUCGUUGUUCUCAUCGAAUAAUAGUCCUGUGCAAUCCGAUCUCCGCUGGGGUUGCGACCAGAAGACAGCAGUAAGUGAAAAAAGACAGAACCAAAUUGUUUUUUUCAGUAGUCGAAUUCUAUGGUUUAUCUCACCUUCAAUAUUCCUUUUCAUUUUAUCAAUCAAACCUUGACCGUUUUCGUGCAUAAAGAGCAAUAUUUGCAAUUAUAAUCGACACUAUGCUGAACACAGCGGAUACUACGAAGGGAAGCCUAAAUUUCUUGCUGAUGCUAAGGCUAAUUCAAACCUCGAAUUUUUUGACUCGAACACAGGAAAGCUUCUAUUCACGGCACCAAUUGGUCGCACCAUGGAUGACUUUCUUAUCGAAAGCAGGGCUCAUGGUUGGCCUUCCUUUAGGGAUGCAGAAACGAACUGGGAAAAUGUUCGUGUGUUGCCUGAUGGCGAAACCGUUUCAGUAGGUAAGUUAUGGAUUUUUUCAGCUUUCUAUGAGUUUUCACUUUGUCCCACGAGAAAAUCGUGCCAUUGAAUGAUAUUUGGUAUGCCGAUGUUGCUAUCAUGAGCUGAAAGUCCUGUCUGACUCUAUUAUCUUUCCUGCUUCAUGUUCGAUAAUAUUUUUCCGUUUGUAUUUAUAUUAUUUUUGCCUGUUAAAAUGCUCACGAUUAAAGAUGGAACACAUUUGGGGCAUAAUCUUCCCGACAGAAAAGGCAAUCGUUAUUGCAUUAGUAAGUGGAUACUAUAUCUCUUGUUCGUUCGAAGUCUUUCUGUCUUUGUGGAUAAAGAGUUCAGAGAGGUACUGGAAAUUAAUGAGUCUACAGAACUAUUGUUUGUGCUAACAAAGUUCUCUUUCCGAUGUUUCUUCUUUAUUUUACAGACUUGGUAUCGGUUGCUGGUCACAAAACCUAGGCCUCUCUAUGGGAAAAAAAGUGACAUCUUCCACAAUAUGUCCCUAAUAUUUGCUUCGUU